AUGUGUUCGUCUUUGUCUGGUCUUCCAGGGAGCAACCUGGUGUGCACGGCGCUGUGGUUGGCCCUCAAACGACUGUCUGCAAUGUGGACCAAGCCUGGCCAGAGGUUCUACAUCAAGCGUCUCCACCUUCAGCUCGAUAACUGCGUCGGCGAAAACAAGAACAACAUCGUCCUGGCCUUCAUUGGCGGAUUGGUCGCCGCCGGGGUGAUCGGUUCUGCAGAGGUCUGCUUCCUGAUCGUUGGACACACGCACAUCAAAAUCGACCAAGUGUUUUCUCGGUUCUCCGUGGGUACCCUCGGUCGAAGCAUCUUCACGAGGAGUCAACUUGGUGAGCUAUUCCGGGAGUCGUACAAGGAACUUCCGGUACACGUAGGGACUCUGACCAACCUCGGCAACUUCAAGGGGCUCUACCUCGACGACAACAAGCUCAACCUUCGGAAGAUCCGGAACAUCACCACGUUUCGGGCCUUCCGAGUGGGGAAGGUAGCAGGGGAGGUUUCCGUGUGGGCCAAGCGCUUCAUGCACAGCGAUGCCUGGCUUGAUCUGACAGCGACCGGCGGGGCCCAGGUCGCCGCCAACCCACACCGGCUCUUCCGGUUCGCUGCGCCGACUUUCGACAACGUGCCUCCUUUUGAGCUCAAGACGGUCGACCCCACCGUGAUCGCCCUCAUCGAGAAGCGCUACAUCGCGACGCGGCCCCGCCUAGAGGCUGCUUACGCACUAGGUAAGGGGCGUGCACAUGUGUAG